UAGCUAUGCGGUCAUCAUUAUGUCAAGCUAAUGUCAGUUUUUUUUAAAGAAAAACAUAAAUAAAAAACAUAAGACAUGAAUCGAAAAGACUAAAACAAAUAAGUUUUCGUUCAAUCUAUAUAUGAUUUGCGGCAAGUGAUGUCGACCAAAGAAAUGGCAACUACUACAACUAUACCAACAAAUCCCAUCAAAAAACUAUCUUCAAAAGCGGCUGAAAUUUAUCGAUUAGAAGGUGGCAGAAUUUGUUAUCUCUGCUUCCACUGUGGAUUCGACUCGGACAGCAUUAAGGACAUACUCGCUCAUAUCGAAAUACAUUUCACUUCACAAAAUCCCAUCGGAACCGAUGAACAGCCAGAAUUUGCAGUCAUAAAAUGUGAACCUUUUGAUGAAGAUUCGCAUCCGGAUCCGAAUCAACUAGAACAAGUAUUUGUCGACUGUGACAUUAAGCAAAUUUCGGAUAAGGAGAAAUGUGAAGAAAUGGAUGACACCUACAGCGCUGCUGAGAUACCACAACCAUUGUUAGGACCGGACGAUAAUUCAACGUACUUGGAGUGUCUCUUUGAGUGGAAAUGUCUGCACUGUCACAGUUUUUUUAAGAAAUGUUCGAAACUACUGCAGCAUUUGACACAAAAGCACAGAAAUGAUCCAGUGAUGAGUGUAAUCGAUGGAACAAAUACCAUCAAAGCGCAUUACACGCUGAAAUGUACUCUCUGUUCGUCAGAAUUCUAUGAUUCGCAUUCAUCCGAGCAACAUUUGAAAGAUUUCCAUCCAGCAUCACCGCCGGUCAAGUGUUUUUCGUGUUGUGAAAAAUUCCACUCAGCCGAAUCGUUGAAGCAUCACACGGCUACUGUUCACGGAAGCACGGAUAAGGAUGAUGCAGGAACCGUUCAGUCACCUGAAUCAAUUCAGCCUAAAGAAACGUCCACCCAGAAAAUGAGCAAGCAUUCUAUAUGCACCUUUUGCGAUAAAACAAUUACCGGACGAAUUGAAUUCAUGCAACACACCUUCGGUCACUUCAGUUUGAAAAUCUUCAGUUGCACCGAAUGUCCGACCAAUUUUCAACGACUAAACACCUUCAAUGCCCAUAUGAAAAAGGUACACAAUCGAAGAGUUGGCCCGAAAUUGUCCUGUAGAUUUUGUAAUGUCGACCACAACAGUUUAUUGGGAUUUAUGACGCACUCAUUUAUGAUGCAUUUAGACGACGGUGAUCGAAAUAACUCGAUAAUGGAUACGGCUUUCGACUACCAAUGUCGGUUUUGUUUCCAACAAUUCAACAAAUGGACCGAUGUUCGUGCUCAUUUGAAAGAUGAUCAUGUCCAUGACGAGCUGCCCAACGAAUUGCCAUCGGCCGUAAUUGCAACCGGUAGAACGUUUACGGAACGAGCUCGAAGUCGAACGAAUCGCUCGGAAUCUCUAUACAAUUGCCUCAGUUGCACUACAACCUUAUGCGGAUCGUAUGAAGCAAGAAAACAUGAGAUCACUGAGCAUAAAGCGACUUUAAAGCCGGUUGAAUAUGCACAAGUACCGCUUUCGAAUCCAAUUCACUAUCGCAUAAUAUUCAUGCCGGAGAAGAAAAACUUUAAAUGUUUUGAUUGCGACAAGUCUUUUGAAACGGAAAUAUACUUGAUGCGGCACCGUCUUACUCAUUUCAACGUGCAGCCAUACUCAUGCACUAUAUGUGCUCAGACAUUUAGUUCGAGUGGGAAUGCAACUCGUCACAUUACCAAAGAACACAACGCAUUCACGGAGACUGAAUACCAAUGUCGAUCGUUGACUUGCAGAUUUUGCAAGAUUGAUUUUAAUGACGACAAUUCCUUUAUCGCACACAGUUUUAAGGAGCAUUUGUACGAAAAUUUCAAACUUGACGAAAAUUUGGAUGAAAUGUGCAAGUACCAGUGCCUGUAUUGCAAUGAAAUAAUAAUGGGACAUCUUUGUAUGGAUCAACAUUUGCAAACACACGCAGGCGAAGCAGCGCUUCCUGAAACAAAUUCGCAAGACAUGGGACCGGAAGAAUCAUCGAUUAACGAACUUAGACAUAAUAGCGAGUUCAAGUAUCUUUGUCUCCAGUGUCCUCUAAAGUUUCGACUACCAUUUGUGGCAAAAACACAUGCCAAGUUUGCACACAAAGCCGAAGAUCACGAAAAAAAAUCUGCAGACGAUGGAACAAAGGCGGCUAGUGUUACGGAAAGAAGUACACACUGCCUUACGUGCAAUACUACGUUUAUGACUUGGCGAUCAAUGAUCAAUCACAGUGCAAAGGUUCAUCCUGAAACCAUAGUGAGAAAUCCCAAAUAUAAGAAGAAAGUCGGUCAACAAGCGAUCAGCAUCACGACCAAGAAAAAGAAGAGAAGGUCUCCGGAAGGGAAUAAUUGCAACAUUUGUCAUAUGACCUUCUUGAGCAAUCGGUCGAUGAUCAACCAUCGGACGAAACGACAUCCAGAAACUGUCGUAUCAUCGGAAAAUCAUCCGUUACAUACUUGCUCGAUCUGCGACAGAACUUUUCGGGAACGAAGCAAUUUUAACAAACACAUUCAAACACACACGAAGAUUCCUUCAUACAGUUGCAACAUUUGUGACAAAUCGUAUCGACUGAAGAAUUCGUUGGAUACGCAUCUCUUGACUCACACCAACGAGAAGAAUUUCGUUUGCGAAGAGUGUGGAAAGUCAUUUUACACCACGAGCAAACUGAAUUUUCACAAACAGGUUCACGAGAACCUAACGUUACAGUGUGACAAAUGUGACAAAGUGUUUUACACUCGUAACAAUUUCAGCAAACACCAAAAGACUCACACCGAUAACGUACGCAAAAAGUGUAAAAUUUGCAGCAACACCUUCAAGUCAGCCGUUUCGUUGCGCGUUCACAUGGCGUUGCACGAUGAUAAAAAGAAAUAUUCAUGCCGAUAUUGUGACAUGACUUUCGCACAGUCCUCGGGUCGUCGCGGGCAUGAGCGAUCCAGACAUGGUUUUGUAUAAAUCAGUAAUAAGAUUGUGAGAUGAAAUAAAUCUUUUCACUUUA